AUGGCGUGCGUCAACGGGUCUGCUAUGACCCCGUCGAUGGCUGGGAACAACAUCGUGAAACAUGAUAACCGUUAUCUAUGCUUUGGGAACAUCAUCGAUGUCCGCGUGUACGGUACCCAUGGGAAGAACACGACGUUCACGACAACGAUCAAACCAACGAGCGACCCCUUCUCCUCUGUUUCCUGGGCCGUGAACGGAUCUUUCAUAAUCACCUCGACCAUUUCCAACACCAUAGUCGAGCCAAAGUAUGCGGACAGGACAACCUUGUUCAGAGAAACUGGCUCCCUGGAGCUCAGAAACCUGACCAAUGAGGACUCCGGGGAGUACACUGUACACAUCAUACCGGCCUCAGGACAGUUAAUAUCAGGAGCCGCCGUGCUGGAGGUGCAGCCCAAAAUCCCAACCCCGACCGUCACCUGUCCCCCAUCCACAGAGGGGAUGAGUGAGGUCACGUUCUUGUGUGAUGAUGGAGACACCAGCAAUGCCAAACAGUGGACAAGAGAUGGCCAACCACUGUUGCCGAGUGAUAGAAUUGCAUUUCUAGAAAACAAUAGAAUAUUGAUGCUCAAAGGUGUGAACAGAACGGACACUGCAGAAUACCGCUGCAAUGUCAGCAAUUUGUCCGACCACGAAGUCGGCACAUGCCAACUCACAGUUUAUUAUGGCCCAGACACUCCCACCGUGCAACAGCAUCCCAAUCCGGCCGUAGAGGAAGAGCGACUCACCCUGAGCUGUGCUUCUGACUCCCUGCCGCCGGCUACCUUCACCUGGGAGUUCCAACGCCGCCCCCUGGUCCCCGGCAGUCUGGUAUCCCCUGCGUAUAGGAAGAGGAUCAGUCUGAACACCACCAGUGGAUGGCUGGACCUGUGGGAUUUGACCGUGGGGGACAGUGGUGCCUACACCGUGGAGAUCACCACACACACAGACCAGCAGCUCAAUGGAAGCACUGGUCUCAAUGUGUACGAGCGAGUCUCCAGUGUAACAGUCACUCCCAACACCACAGAGCUGCUGGAGUUCAACAGCUCUGUGAGGAUCUCCUGCCACGUCUCGACCGGCACCUCCCUGUCCUACCUGUGGAUGAAUGGCAGCUCUGAGAUCACUGUAUCAAGUGACAGGGUGCAGGUCGGCGACGGAGGCACCACCCUCACCAUACUCAACGUGUCACGCUACGACCGGGGGCCGUACACCUGUAAUGUCUCCAACCCGGUCAGCAAUGAUGUGGGCCGGCCGCUGACUCUGACCAUUGGUUAUGGGCCUGAGCGACUUGCCAUCAUAGGUCCAAGUCUAGUGGAGUUUGGGGAGGUGACGCUGCUCUACUGUUCGGCUAUGUCUGUGCCUCCUCCUUCCUACACCUGGAGCCUUAAUGGUGUCCACACCACCGUCCAGGGGCCGGUCUACGUUAUAGCAUCGAUCAACAGCUCUGACUAUGGGAAGUACACCUGCACUGCUGUCAAUACUCUUACCGACCUCAGCCAAGCUGCUGACCAUGCGGUCUCCCUGAAAGGUAAACCUAAAGGCUAA